GUUGGAUGGGAACUAGCCCAGUCUCUGUUCUCAACGGUAACCAUGAACAAAGCCCCCAUUUAUAUUGUGAAAACCAAAGCUCUGAGAUUGUGGAAAGGAUUUUAAUAUCAGCUGAAUAAAAAUGGGAUGUAAAAAACACGAAUGCGCCAGCACAAAACCGUUUGCGCCUCUUUUGUAAUCCAGCUUAACACCUGACGUGCUGCAGACCAUGAAGAUAUGUGAGAUUUAACCCACGGGAUACCAGUUAUACACACACAGUGUCGUUGGGUGCUCAGCGGCUGCCAUAUUCUCAUAUGCUGCUGUCACUGUGAAGAUUACUGACAAAUGCAGUGACGUUUAUUGUACGUGAAGGAGAAACAUUCUAAGAAUAUCUGACACAUUCAGUUGCUGAACAAGACAAUGUCUGACAAGAACCAAACCUCAGAGCUUCCUGAUGCAGACAGAGGGCGUCUAGAGGAAAACACAGGCACUGGGUUAUUACAUGUGAAGGAAGAGGAUGAGAAAUGCGACGUGAAUCGUCAUCAGACUGAAAAACAUUGGUCCCUCCCUGCUGACGCAGAUAUCGCUGAUAUAGUGAAAGUUGAGAUAACAGAAGAUCUGUUUACGUGUGAUCCGGUGAAGACUGAGGAGGAUGAGGUUCCUAUAAAUACGUCUACAGGUGAAUUCACAAACUGCAGUAAUUACAGUCAUGGUCAGAAAGCUGAUACUUCUUUCAGUUUUCUUCGAAAUCAAAGAAGCCACAUGGGAAAUAUAUGUUCUGAAUGUGGGAAAUGUUUUACUUGGAACUCGAAACUUAUUGAACAUCUGAAAAUGUAUACAGGUGAUGAACCCUUUUUAUGUUCUGUAUGUUGGAAGGUUGGUAGACAUGAUAGAAUUCACACAGGAGAGAAAGCAUUUUUAUGUUCUGACUGUGGGAAAUGUUUUACUCUGAAAUCAUCUCUUAUUAGGCACCAGAAACUUCAUACAGGGGAGAAAGAAUUUGUAUGUUCGGAAUGUGGGAAAUGUUUUACUCAGAAACCACAUCUAAUUAGACAUCAGAAAAGCCAUACAGGGGAGAAAACAUUUUUAUGUUCUGACUGUGGGAAAUGUUUUACCUUGAAAUCAACUCUUGAUAAUCAUAUGAAAAUUCAUACAGGGGAGAAAGCAUUUUCGUGUUCUAAAUGUGGGAAAUGUUUUACUCAGCAGUCAACUCUUAUAAAUCAUCAGAAAGUUCAUGUUAAAGGAAAUCAGAGCUUAUUCUCUGAAAAACAUGCUGACACGUAGUUGUCAUCCAGUCAAUAUUUAGAGUGCUGAUGAUGACUACAUGUUGUCCUCUGGGGGGCACACUUUUGGGGCUGCUUUAGGCCUGUCUGCACCUCAAGCAAUUACACAAUGGCCCAGUGUGUUUGGCAUCCAGGGUCCCUAUAUAGGUUUAAAUAGCCAAGUGAUCACCUGGUGUAAAUAAAAUGUGCAUUUUCUGGAAGGGAACACCUGUGUGCAGAUCAUAUAGUCAGGUGAUCACUGAAGUGACAGAGUUCCUCUAGCUGGAAUUUAAAUUGACCAGGUGCAUAGAUGUACAGGGUGAGCCCAAACGUUAACAUCAAGUGCUAGAGGCUUCCAAAAGACCUAGUCUGCAGUAGGAUACCCCCCCCCCAAGCUGCAUAAAAUGCAUUGUGCUGAAAUCUAAUAUUCUCUCUCACUGUAUUGUUUACAACCUUGUUUAUUAAAAUUGUAAUAAAAUAUGCAUUUUUUCACA